CUAUUAAUGAGCGGCAGCUGUCCCACCCAGGGUUAGAUAAUCCAGUCUGGGACCAGGCUGUGACUUCAGGCUGACGUGCCGCUCCAGCCCAGCCCAUCAUGCGAUGCAGCGCCGCUGACGCUGUCCGCUCCGCAGUCUGUCGGUGAGAAAACAAGCCUCGCUCCUCCACAGCUGCACAUGCGUUUCACCGAGAACAACACCACCGCCGACCCCGGAGACGAGAUGUAUCACUCUGACCAUGGUGUAGACUUCCCUGACCUCUCCUUCCAAAUCCCUGGCUGCCCUGCAGAGAGAGGCCCAGCAAACAGAGUGUGAAUACAACUGCCAACACACCUCGUUUCAGCCUCCCCCCCUCACCCGUACAGGGCCUCGCUCAGCUGCUGCAGCUCCAGUCCCUCCCUCGCUCCUCAUAGGCCAUGGACAGCCCUCCUAAACUGUCUGGUGAGACGCUGAUUGUGCACCACAUUCCCCUGGUGCACUGUCAGGUGUCAAGUAGGCGGCAGGGUGGCUGCGGGAGCUCAAUGAAGAGGACCAACCCUUUUAGCCCACCAGAGAACCUGGGCUUGAGUCGCACCACUUCCCUUCCGGAGAGAGACGUCCUCCAGAGAGAAGCUCUCCUCUACAGCAGCCUGAUCCAGACCUCUAGUGGCUCCUGGUCCUCCCACAAUGGAGGAAGAGAAAGAAAGGGUGGCGGGAGAGGCGGCAGCACAGCCAGCGAUGAUUCAUCAUUUGCCUCGAGCAAUUCGGAGGACCAGCUGAUUACAGCGCACACAUUACCCAGAGCCAAACCGAGGAACAGGAAUCCAUUCCGUCAAAAUCCUUUUCUGCUGAAUACCGAAGAGGACGAGGAUGACGAAGGGGAAGAAGAUGACGGUGACAACCUCAGUGGUUACCUUGAAGACUCUUCCUUUCACCUUCACAGUGACGCUCACUCUGCUCUCAAUGACGGUUUGACUUCCUUCCAUUUGCACGACCUUGGUUUUGCUCCCCAGCCCUUCCUCCUUCACAGCUCAGUGGGAGGAAGUAGUGGGGAGUCCCUGAGAGGUGGCGCCUCGGAUCUUUCAAACCACCUAGAAGACCUCGAAAUUUUGGAACUUGCCAGUCAACGGCGCCAUGGAAGCAGUGGCUCCAACAUGUCGAUGGACUGCGGAGAUCAAGAUUGGGGUGAUGACGACGAAGAAGACGAAGAUCAUCCGAUGAGGUGUGGGAGAAGCAGCAAGACGGGCUCCUACUCUUCCAGCUCUUCCACCCAGCACUGCUCCUGCUGUACUCUCUCCCAGAAUUACCCUCGGCACUUCCCCGAGGCGUUCUCCGAGCCGUUCUUAGAGUGCCAGCAAGGCUACGGCAGCGACUCCUCCUGCAACAGCUCCGAUGGUGUGCUCGUCAACUUCAGUGCCAUCUACAACAAGAUGAACAACAGCGUCCCAGAGAAGCCACCAGUGUCCGGUCCCACCAACCUCAACAGCUCCACCGACCACUCCUGCACCUCAUCUGCUUCCGAUCUACCAGGAAACCGAGACUCGACUGGAGGGGCUUUCUAUUUGGACCUUCACACUUCUCCAACCGAACCUCCCCUAUCUCAACAACUUGGAAACACAUUCCCUCUCAUCCGUGAACCACGCCUGUCCUCUUCCUCCACCUGUUCCUGCUCAGUGGAGCACCAGGGGGCUCUUGACCUCGAUGCCAACUGCAACUCCUACCACCCUCCUCACGCAGGGUCCUCUGGCGACCUCGCUUCUUGUCUCCAGAGUCAGGCACGACUGGUCGUCGCCACCCAGAACUACUACAAACUGGUCACGUGCGACCUUUCGUCGCAGUCGUCCCCGAGUCCCGCGGGCUCCUCGGUUCACAGUUGCUCAGACGAACACAGCAAAGGCAGCCCCACCCCGACUCAGCCGAGUGAGUACUUCCUCUUCAGGCAGCAAGCUUACGAGGAAGGAGUGGAGGAAGAGGAUGAAGAGGGAGAGACAUCUAGGCAGGAUGAUGAUGAUGAUGAUGAUAAUGACAAUGAUGAGGAUGAGGAGAAGAAGAAGAAUCAGCAGGGAGCUAAAGCUGGUCCUGUGAUUGAAGGCCAGGUGUAUGUCAACAUUUCUCCUCCUCUGUCUGGUCGGGGCGUUAUUGGAGCGUCUGCAGGAAGCCGUCCACGUUCUCGCAGCUACGAUCGCAACCUGGACAAGUCUCCGUCUCCACGGCUCGGCUCGCUGGAGCGGAUGCUGAGCUGCCCCGUCCGGCUCAGCGAGGGCGCUGCCGCCACCCCACCUCCUCCUCCGAGGGUCACCUCCUUCGCAGAGAUAGCUAGAAGCAAACGAAGAAAUGGAGGAGCGGGUGGAUCGCCCUCGGUGAAGGCUGCUUCAGACGCCGUCUCCUCUCACUCGCACUCCUCAGUGGACUUUUCUCCGAUCCUGGAGCAGCGUGUCGAGGCUGACAGUCAGGCCCUGUCGCCUGUGCCCUUUACCAGAUGUUACAGUCAAGGCAGCAUAGAGCGACACCUGGAAGGGGGGAGAGAAACCCGGGCCAAGGCAGAAGGUGGUCUCUCCAGUUCUGCAGACAGCCGCUCAGCAGUGGUCCGCUACAGCAAGGACCAGCGGCCCACGACCCUUCCCAUCCAGCCCUUUACCUUCCACCACCAGUUUGCAGCUAAAGCCCCCCAGCCCAAGCCCCUGGCGCCCCUGCUCACAGGCUACAUCUCUAGCAUGCAGGCCCGCUCCAGCUUGGGCUCAGGCUCUGGGUCUGGAGGUCCAGUCGGGCAGGACGGCGACGACGCAGCUGAGAAAGUCCACAGCUUCCAGGGUUCUCUCAUCACAACGGCUCCUCCUCCUGGAUCGGUUAGGCCCUCGCCUCUUGGGAGUUACUCCCCGGUCCGACUCCAGGGAGCACCCAGCUCCGGGACCUGCUCCACCUGCACCCCCAGCCCUAAGCCAACGCACAGCCUCUCCUGCCCCCUUUCAGCCGGUCUCGGCCCCCUGCAGACCCCGCCCACGAUAAAACAGGCGGGGGCAUCAGCGCCGUUACCCCCUACUCCUCCUCCUUCAUCACUGGGGCUGAAGAGAGGGGCGGUGCCACCAAUGCUGCCAGCAGUGCAGGGACACUGUUUCCGCCGUGGAGGGCUGCCCGGCUUACCAGCGCUUCACAGUGACUCUCUGAGCCCACUGGGCUGCCUCGACUCUGCAAAGCACGAGGAGGGCAACAAAGGGCACGCAGCCAGGACACAUAAUGCGCACCACCUCUCUCCUCAGGCUCUCAAAUGGAGGGAGUACCGCCGUCGAAACCCUCUGGGAGUGGAGAGGGUGUCGGGGUGCCAUGCUUCUGCUGGAUUGGGGCCGCGACCUGCCAGACGCAACGUUUUUGAUUUCCCUUCGGUCCCCUCUGGCCACAAGCUGGGACGACUCAACGCAGUGGGCCAAUCAGCUAAGCUGCAGCAGAGCUACAGCGACUUCCUGUCCGACUACUUUUCCCUGACAGAGAAGCCGCCUGAGGAGUUCUGCCUCUCCCCGGACGCCUCCACCUCCUCCUCUUUGUGCUCGUCCUCGCAGUCUCACAUCUCUGUUGACCUGACGCAGAAGAGAGCUCUGGUGAAAGCCGUGAACACUGCAGUGGAUCUGAUCGUGGCUCACUUCGGCACCAGCAGAGACCCCGAUGUUAAGGCAAAGCUCGGGAACAGCUGGGUGAGUCCCAACGUGGGUCACCUCAUCCUGAAGUAUCUGUGUCCGGCUCUACGUGACGUGCUGCAGGACGGUCUGAAGGCCUACGUGCUGGACCUGAUCAUUGGACAGCGCCGCUGUCAGCCCUGGAGCCUCGUGGAGGCGUCCACACAGCUGGGCCCGUCCACACGUGUUCUCCACAGCCUGUUCUCAAAGGUGAGCCAGUACUCGGAGCUCACGAGCCACAGCAUGAGACUGAAUGCUUUCAUCUUCGGCCUGCUCAAUCUGAAAUCUUUGGAAUUCUGGUUCAAUCACCUCUACACGCAUGAAGAUAUUAUUGCCGCAUACUACAGCCCUUGGGGUUUCCUUCCCCUGUCACAGGGGCCGUGUCAGCCCCUCUUUGAGGAGCUCCUCCUCCUGCUGCAGCCUCUCUCACUGCUCCCCUUUGACCUGGACCUGCUGUUUGAACCACAUCUCCUCCAAAAGGGACAAGAGCAGCUUCGUCGCAAAGAGCAGCUCUGCUCUGCAGGCCAGAGCGUCGACCAGUCGAAGUGCUCCACCUUCCAGCUCAUGAGGGGGUGGAGCAACACUGUCAGUGAAAUGGUCAAAGACUCAAGCGCAGAGGUGAAGAAAGAGAAGGCGGGGCUCAGGCGAGAGGGAACAUGGCCAAGGAUGGAGGGAGUUGGAUCGAGAAGAGAGGCAGCAGCGGGGAAAUCGAUGCUGAGGAAAGAGGGCGUUACAGCUCAGAGCAUGACAGCUGGGCCUGAUUGCAGAGGGACAGUGAAGGAAGUAGGGUUUGCACAUUUAUGGAAGGAGAGGGGGGUCCAAGGGCAGAGGGUGAAAGGUGUAGGACAGGAGAGCCAUGGAGAAUAUGAAGAUAAAAAGAAGAAGGACAAGAGGAAGGAAAAAAACAGAUUUCCUGCAGAUGAAGGGCGUCAGCGGCAAGACAGGCAGGCCGGCUGGUGGUACCAGCUCAUGCAGUCCUCCCAGGUCUACAUCGACCAAUCCACAGAGGGGACAAAGUUUGUUAAGACCGAGAAGAGGAAGAAGUCAUCGGAGAGACGACAGGGCCAAAUCCCACCCACAAGAGAGGGAGUGGUGGAGGGAGCGGAGGCCUCUCAGGAAGGUGAGGGCGGGAAGAGCAGUAGCUUGAGCGGGGACUCAUCUGGAUCCAGGGGGCGGCCUUCGUGGAUGGGCAGCCCCCCAGAGUCUGUCCUCAACCAGGAGAAUCACACCAACCCUCUGGAGGUCACGGUGACUGGGAGCCACGGCGGAGCCCAGGAUGAGAGCCCCUCACAGGGACAGAGUCUGCGCUGGAGCAGGCUCUUUGGCUCUAGUGUCGGUUCUCCCUCGAAAGCAGAAGGAGGUGAACAGAAGCCAAAAACCCAAAAGACCAGACCUCCAUCGGGCUGGCUCGGCUUGGAUCGGUCUGUUCUCGACCUUGUAGCUUUGACCAUUGGAGCAGGCCCCGGAAAAAAGGCGGAGCUUCCUGCCACACCAACUCGCACCCAAAGUACAGCUCCACCAGCGUCGACGUACCCAGCUGAGGCCAAACUACAGUCCAGCUGCGAAGUACGAGCACUGUGCCACCACAUCGCCACCGAGCCCGGACAGCUGAGCUUCAACAAGGGCGACAUCCUGCGUGUUCUGAGCAAGGCUGACCCCGAUUGGCUGCUCUGUUCCCUGGGCUCCACCCGGGGCUUGGUUCCAAUUGUCUACGUCACCCUCAACAGCAUGGAGGACAGCCAGGAUUCCCCUGGUUUCGGGCAAUGCUGAGCAAGAGAAAACUGUCCGAAAGGUGAAGCCAAACAGACAUGGAGGGUAUCCCUCCCGCACACGGACCGAACACAAAAACCCGUUUUCGUCUGUAAUUUAAAGGGAAAAAAAGACAAAUCAUUGUAGUAAAGCUGGAGAGGAUGCAGACAUGACUGCGAGGGCAAGCAUGCAGGCUCAACCACAAACAGACAUCUGCUUCAAGGGUACACCCAGACACGUAUGCAUGCAUACAUCCAAAAAAACAAAAAAGCACCCCACAAACAAACCCAAAGACUCUCAAGCGCUUCUUUCUCUGCCUCUCCUCCUAGCUUAGCAAUGUGCAGGUCCAGUCUAUUUAUCAUCCAGCUCUAA